GCUUUAAAUUCACUGGGACAGAAAUGUGGUGGGCAGGUGACUGUUUAGAGGUCCAAAAUGCAUUCGGUCAGGACUGAACACAAACUGCCUGGAUAGCUCUUCUUCGAAGCAGCACCUUUGGGAAGGCGGAGGGGCCAGGGGGACGGAAGUAGAUGCGGAGGACAAAAGGCAGCAACAGGCCCCUUGCAGACUGGAUCGCUAAUGGCAUUUGCAGUGGUGCAAAAUGGCUGACCUCAGUCUUGCAGAUGCAUUAACAGAGCCACCUCCAGAAAUUGAGGAAGAGAUAAAACGGGACUUUAUUGCCACGCUGGAGGCAGAGGCCUUUGAUGAUGUCGUGGGAGAAACUGUUGGAAAAACAGACUAUAUUCCUCUCCUGGAUGUUGAUGAGAAAACCGGGAAUUUGGAGUCAAAGAAGAAACCAUGCUCAGAUACUAGCCAGGUUGAAGGAACUCCAUCCAAACCAACAGGUCUAGCCAAUGGUGAUCACGGAAUAGAAGGGAAUGAUACUACGGGUUCUCCAACUCCAUUCCUUGAAGAGAAAAUGGCCUACCAGGGAUAUCAGAACAUCCAGAGCUGGCCAGAAAACACAAACUUUUGCUUUGAACCACAACAGUUGGUGAAUCCUACCCAAACUGAUCCCUUUAAGAUGCACCAUGAUGAUGGCCUGGAGGAUUUUCUCUUUCUCCCCAGUGGAACAACCAAUGCUUCAGCAUUUACAGAACAAAAUGAUCCCCUGCAAGACAGUUAUGGUCUGUUUCCCUGUGACACAUUCGCUCCUGAAAGUGUUGGACCUCAGGGGUGGCCUAUGGAAGCCCCAAACUCUCCACACUUGGAAUCCUUCAUUUCCCCAGAGGCUGUGACACAACCUCUGCAGCCCACAGCAGAGCCGGCCGAAGAGGUAGAAGUGACAUCAGCAGGAGAGAGGGCAUCAGCAGAAGCAUUGGAAAUCAGGAUGGGACUGAAGGCUGCUGACAUGGCACCAUCUAGAGAAACAGAGAUGUCUCCAGCCAAGGACAUGGCACAGGCCACAGAAACAGAGGUGGCAUUGGCUAAAGACACGGAACCAUCUACCAAGUCAGAUGUGACACUGGCUAGGGACAUGGAAUCACCUAUCGGAUCAGAUAUGGCCCUAGUCAAGGACAUGGUACUACACAGAGAAACAGAAGAAGCCCCGGUUAAGGAUGCUGUAUUGUCCACAGAAACCAAUGUAUCUUUAGCCAAGGACAUGGUACUGCCCACAGAAACAGAGGUAGCCCCAGCCACGGAUGUAUUACCAUUCAAAGAAACAGAGAGGGCCCCACCUAUAAAAAUGGAUGUGUCCCCAGAUGAGGGCAUGGUACCACCCAUAGGCAGAGAGAUGGCCCCAGCCAAGGGUGUGGUAUCACUCUCAGAAAUAGAAGUGGCACUGGCUAAGGAUGUUCUGUCAUCCACAGAAAUAUUCCCAGCCAACGAGGUGGCCUUGUCCCCAGAGACAGAGGUGGCCCUGACUGGGGACAUGGCGCUGCAUCUGGAAACCAAGGUGAUCUCGACCGAGGAUGUGGCACUGCCCCCAGAAACCAAGGUGGCCCCAGUCAAGGAUAUGGCUCCACAUCCAGUUACAGAAAAGGCUCUAAUGAAGGACAUGGCUCCAUCCCCAGAACCAGAGAUGGCCCUAGGCAAGGAUGUGGCUCCACCCCAAGAAACAGAAUUGGCCCUGGGCAAGGACAUGGUUUCACCUCCAAAAACAGAGAUGGCCCUGGGUGAGAAUGUGGCUGUGCCCCCAGAAACAGAAGUAACCCUGAUCAAGGAUGUGCCUCAGCCCCCAGAAACAGAGUUAACCCUGGCUAAGGAUGUGGCUCCGCUCCCUGGGACAGAGGUGACUCUGGCCAACAGUGUGAGUCCAGCCAAGGAUGUUGCAGCACUCUCAGAAACAGAGGUGGCACCAGUUCCAGUUAAGGACAUGGACAUUGUGCGGUCACAGGAAGAAAUAAGUGAGGAGUCCCAGUUAAAAUCUCUCAAGGAUGAGGAGCAGUCAGCUGCAUCUACUUUCAUCAGUUCUCCAGAUCCAGCCACAGCCGUGGGCCAAAAGUCCAACCUGCCGACAGAGGAGGAUUCUGUGUUGGAGAAACAAGAGCAAAAGAAACCAUUCAGUAGUCAACCUUCCGAGCUUCCUUCAGAGACCUCAGGUACCCCUCCCACACAAGGCAAACAAGUGUGCAGACCCAGUGAUCGCAGGUCCCCUCGGCCCAGGCCUGCCAGGGCCCCGCCUGAGCUGCUGGGAGGCUCUUCUCCACAGAAGACUCUCAAUCCUGGCCUGGGCCCCUGCUCUUUGUCUGAGUUGGGUUGGGUCUCUGGUCCGUCUACUUAUGGUGAGCCUGGGAACCAAAGGAAAAGUACUCAUGUUGACUUCCUUGAACCUAAGCGAGAUCUUGGCAGGGAGGCCUGGAAUAUAGAAAGUCCACCAAUGAUGAAGAAAAAAAAGAAGAAGCCAAAGCAAAAGAGAUAUUCUCAACCCCGAGCUGGGGGACCUUGGGAUGACAACAGUGUGGACGACCAUAAAGGUCAUCCCUGUGCAGCAGUCCCAGAGAAAUCAGGGGUUCUCCCCACCCUGCCUCCCACAGUGGGCACAGAAUAUGGACUAGCGUCCAGAGAAAACUUAAAAAAGGAAUGUGAAGUGGAGUCCAGAGCCGCCAAACUGGUAGCUGAGAACUUCGUCUCAGAAAGUCUCAGUGUUCCUUUGUGUCUUUUGGAAGAACCCCUGAAAACUGCAGGAAGUUCUCAGCCCAAGCCAGGAAGAGAAGCGAAAGUCAGUGGUAACAAGUCAGUACCACUGGGCCAGGACCAGAAAUGGCUACAGCUAGGUGAAGGCAAACCAGAGCCUAUACCCAACCUGAAGACUCCCGUGGAUGAAGGCCGGACAGUAGGCUCGCCUGGUCUAAAAGAACCUUUGACAGAAGUUUCUGCACACAAAGUAGAAAUUCCCUUGGAGAUCAAACCCAAAGAGGGUUGCUCUCCUGUCUUGGACCAAGAGGCCAUGGGUGGGGACUCAAAACCCACAGCAGCAAAAGAAUUGCCUGAUCUGGUGCCCACUUUGCCAGCAGGUACCUCGUUAGGAAGUAGUCUAAAAGAAAGGAAUGAUGAAAGUAAAGUGACUAAAUUGCAGAAAGACAGACAGACAGGGUUUUCUGAAGGGAUUAAAGAACUAACAAAGGAAGCUCUUCCCAAGCCAAGCCAAGAGAUGAGCAUCUUAGCUUCCAAGCAGCCGCAGGACGAGAUGUUAGUUCCGACACCUGGGCUAGAGAAUGAGCCAUCUCAGAGAAUAGCAGGCGAUGGCAGAAGCAGGAAGGCAAGGGCAGGUUCUGGGAGGGUGAGAGCCGGUUCUGGGAAGGGAAGAGCAAGAUCUGAGCCACCGUUUUUUGUGGACAGCUGGAAGGAUGGCUCAGCUGUUCUGGCGCCAAGUGAGCCAGCCCCUAAAACCGAAAGAACGCCUGCUGGGGAGAAGAGUGAGGAGCUGGGUUCUUCAAAGCAACCAGGGACCAUAGUGAGUCUCACUGAGGGGGUGGUGAUGGGGGAGCCUACAGAGAUGGCUGACGCUUGGGGGGCCAGCGCCUCACACAUGUUGAUUCCUUUGGGAAAUGGGUCAGGCACAGCUCAGACUUCCAGCGCUAGAACAGAAAGAGGGGCCGCAGCCAUCGAUAGGGGUGUCAGUAGCCAGAGCAAGGAAGGAAAAUGUCCUUGGAUGGGUAGUGAGGCAGCUCCUUGGAUUUCUGAAAAGCCUAAAAAAAGGAGUAGUGAGGGCAAAAACAAAAAGUUCAAAAAUAAUUAUUCCACACAGCCUGCUAGAAUGGAGAGCAAGGAAGAAACCCCCAACCCACCUUUUGUAGGGAAGGAUAGAGAUGCUGGGAGUACUCCUCAUCAAAACAAGGACGUAGGACUUGCUUUCCCUUUAAAUCACGAUCCUUUGUCCCCAUGUACAUCAGCUAUUCCCACAGUGGAAGUAGGUGACCAAAAAGGGAGGAAUGAUGAGGUUAAUUCUUUUGAGCUUGGGGCUCUUGGUGGGAACAAGACAAAUAUAGUCAAGGACUCCGCUGUUAUUGAACCAGCUACCAAGGUGACAGAUGUGAGCUGCCAAGACCAAAUCCAGGGGGCAGGAUUUGUCCCUUCAGCACUGUCUGUAGAAAAUAAGACAGAUGCAGCCAAGGGACAUGCUGCAGUGGCUGACAAACCAAAUGAAAGGAGCAAUGAUGGAAAAAGUAAAAAGGUUAAAAAUAGUUUUCCUGAGAAGCAUCUUCUGGAGAAUACGAUAGAUGCAUCAAAAAUACGUGUUCCCAUGGAAACCACAGGGGACCACAGAACUGAAGGAAUGGGCUAUGUGGACGAAAAUAGAAAUAUCACAUUUACCUGCCCCAGAACACUCCCAGGGUUGAUGAAUAAGUCAGCCCUUCCAGAGGCUCUGGAGUCAGCAGCCCGUGAAGGACUGCCCACUCGUGCUUCUCAAGUUGUAAAGGAGGGUGAUUCUUUUCCAAACCUCUUGGCAGAAAGUGGGCAAGAGACCUCUCCAGCCCAGAUAUCCAAAUUAUUAUUGGUAGAUAAUUGCAGCAAAGAUGGAGUCCCAGGUCAGGAAAGACCCAAGGCCCCCUCCGCUGUUAGGCCUUCUGCAAGCAUGGGAGGAGGGGUUGCCCUCGCUUUUACAGCAGCCGUAGAAACAGUUAAGAGCCAGGGAGGUAACUGUCUUACGAAUAAAGGUGAGCUUGCUGAUCCCAUGAAGAAUGAAGGAGGGAUGAAUGGAGGACCUGUGAUGGGAGGAUCUGAGUCAGUGCCCAGUGCUGCAUCUAAGCCUUCAAUAGAAAAAAUCACAGAGUUUGCAAAGGGACACCUUUCUGGAGUGCCAGUAGAAGACCAGAGCCUACCAGGUGAGGUCAGAAUCCUAGAACCAUGUGCAGAUAGGAAUAAUUUUCCAACAGACUCAGUUAACAAAAAGAAAGAGUCUGAGGAAGGUUCUGCUCCAGUUCAAAUCCCUGACUUACUGGAAGACAAAGCACAAAAGCCCAGUUUCUGUGAGGACCAAAAUGCUGACAGUCGAGAUUCCAAGGACCCAGACAGUUUGAAUAAGGAGGUAGAUAGGGCCCUUUUGCCUCCAAAAAGUGAAAAAAAUAAAGUGGAAGAAGUUAGCCCGGCUUCUAAAAUCACUGAAUCCGAACAUACUUCCUCGGCAACACCAGAAUUCCAGUCAGAUUUCUCAGACGGCAGAACUGUAGCUCUUCCGUCGCAGGCGGUAGAUAAGUUCGUAGUGCCUACUUCCAAGGACCCGGAACUCCCAGAACCCAAAGAUAAGAUCUCGGAGGCCCCCGACAAAAUGACCGAAAAGUCUGAGCAAAAGGCACCAGGAGAAGGGAAGAAGGAAGAUAAAAGCCGAAUGGCAGAACCCUUGAAAGGCUACAUGAGACCCACCAAGUCCCGAGGCCUUACUCCACUUCUGCCAAAGUCUACCGUCCAGGAGCGGGAGAGACCCAGGCAGCUGAAGUCCAGCGGAAUAAGUAAGCCAGAAGAAGGACGGCCUGCUGGGAGUGUGACCGGAAAUGACAUCACUGCCCCUCCAAACAAGGAGCUCCCACCCAGCCCUGAGAAGAAAACAAAGCCUUUGGCCACCACUCAGCCUGCAAAGACUUCAACAUCGAAAGCCAAAACUCAGCCCACUCCUCUCCCUAAGCAGCCGGCUCCCGCCACCUUUGGUGGGGCGAAUAAAAAACCCAUGAGCCUCGCUGCAGGCUUAGUGCCGGCUGCCCCACCCAAACGCCCUGCCACCGCCACUGCCAGGCCAUCCACCUUACCUUCAAAAGACUCAAAACCCAAGCCUGUUGCAGAGGCAAAGAUUCUGGAGAAGCGGGCCUCACCAUCCAAGCCAGCCUCUGCUCCAGCCCCCCGGCCUGGCUCCAAGAGCUCCCAGACUGUUCCAAAAGCCCCGGCCGCUGCCAGUCCUGCCUCAGCUGGGCCAGGCAGUCGGAGCCCCCCCACGCCUGUGCCCAAGAGGCCCACCGCCAUUAGGACGGAGGGGAAACCUGCGGACAUGAAAAAGACGGCUACAAAGUCUGCACCAGCUGACUUGAGUCGCUCCAAGAGCACAUCCACCAGCUCGGUGAAGAAAAGCACCACUGUCCCUGGGGCCACCCCUGUGGCAGGGGUGGCUCCCAGCCGAGCCAAGCCCACACCCACCCCUCCCCGGCCCUCUGGGACCCCUUCCUCAGACAAGAAGCCCGCCUCAGCCAAGCCCAGCUCCUCUGCCCCGAGGCUGAGCCGCCUGUCCACCAACGCUUCUGCCCCUGAUCUGAAGAACGUCCGCUCCAAGGUUGGCUCCACGGAAAACAUCAAGCAUCAGCCCGGAGGAGGGCGGGCCAAAGUAGAGAAAAAAACAGAGGCAUCUGCUCCGGCUCGAAAGCCUGAACCUAACGCAGUCACUAAAACAGCCGGUCCCAUUGCGAGUGCGCAGAAACCACCUGCUGGGAAAGUCCAGAUAGUCUCCAAAAAAGUGAGCUACAGCCAUAUUCAGUCCAAGUGUGGUUCCAAGGACAAUAUUAAGCAUGUCCCUGGAGGUGGUAAUGUUCAGAUUCAGAAUAAGAAGGUGGACAUCUCUAAGGUCUCCUCCAAGUGUGGGUCCAAGGCCAACAUCAAGCACAAACCUGGCGGAGGAGAUGUCAAGAUUGAAAGUCAGAAGCUGAACUUCAAGGAGAAGGCCCAGGCGAAGGUGGGAUCCCUCGAUAAUGUGGGCCACCUGCCCGCAGGAGGGGCCGUGAAGACUGAGGGCGGUGGCAGCGAGGCCCCUCCGUGUCCGGGCCCCCCCGCUGGGGAGGAGCCGGCCAUCCCUGAGGCAGCGCCCGAAGCUGGCGCCCCCACUUCAGCCAGUGGCCUCAGUGGCCACACCACCCAGGCAGGGGGUGGUGACCAAAGGGAGGCCCAGACCUUGGACAGCCAGAUCCAGGAGACAAGCAUCUAAUGAUGACAUUCUGGUCUCGUCUUCCAUCCCCUGUGUUCCCCCUCUUGUGUCCCUUGUUACCCCCUCCCUUCCCUCCUCCCGUGUCACUGCAGAUUGAGACCUACAGGCUGACGUUCCGGGCAAAUGCCAGGGCCCGCACCGACCACGGGGCUGACAUUGUCUCCCGCCCCCCCCACUUCCCUGGCGGCCCCAGCUCAGGCACCCGGGCCCUUGGCUCUCUCUCCCGGGCUGCAAUCUAGACCCCACACGGCUUGGGUGCUGGGCAGUCCUCCAGGCUCCCACCCCCUUCCCCCUGCCUUGCUUGCCCAGGGCAGCAGCAGGCCCGCCCCCAAAACCUCAUCUACUCCCUGCCCUGGCCCCCACCCCACCCCCGCUCCUUGCUUUGUUCCUGUCCCAUCAUUGCGCACCGCUCCGCAGACGAGGUUGGGAGGUGAAUGGGGUGGAGAGGCCAACUUGGGAUCUUGUGGGGUCUGGGGUGGUGGGGAGCCAGAUUCCAACCUCCUCUUUGGGUUUUUUGGACCAAACCCAAGAGAAACUGACAUAGCUGCCCUCCUCGCUGGGUCCACUGAAGAGAAGAGUGGAAUUGGACGGCCACGCGGUGGCAGGAUGCUGACUGCCUCCCCCGGAGCCCGCUAGGCCACUGCUUCUCCCGUUGACCCCUCCGUGGUGCCCACCGUGCAGGUGGGGCCAGGCGCAUCUUGCUGCCCUGCCCCAAGUUAGUUAGGGGUCGGCUCGUACUGUCCCCACUGCUUCCCAUACCUGCCUAGCUGCUGUCACACUCUUUUCUUGUUUUAUCUUUUUUUUUUUUUAAUAACCUAAAAACUGGUAGAGGAAUUUCGCAGGUUGAAGCCAUGUCUAAAUGAAAAGUCCUUGGUAGGUGUUAAAGGAAACAGGGAGGAGAGAUCCUUAAGCCUCCAGCCAGGAGGUCAGGCAUCAGGGGCUGCCCCGGCUUGGGCAGCUUGGGGCCCCGGAGAAGGUGUGGGCAGGGCAGUGAGAUGCAGGGGCUGUGGCCUGGUGAGCAGGUAGGGCACACUAGGAGCUGGUCAUGUGGACCGGUGGUUCUGGUAUUGUGUGUGUAUGCUGCUUUUCUUUUCUAACCAAGAGGCUGGUUUUGGCAUCUCUGUCUCAUUCCCUGGGAUCUAGUGGGAGAUACAAGUUCGGGGCUGGAGAAACAGGGAAGGGCUGUGGAGGUCAAAAUCCUCCAGACUCACGGGCCUAGGACACCAGAGCCCUCAGUUACCAGGGAGCCCAAGAUGUCCAGAACUCAUGUGGGUGUUGGGGAAUCAGGUGUGGAAAUUUUAAAAAGGCAUGAGACAGGCCAUCUCCACCCCCGCCACAGCCUGACUGGGGAGGGGGGAGAGGCGAGGCCAGCCUGUGGAGGGGUGUCCCAGCUAGGCCCGGUCUUGGGAUGGCUGCAAUGAUGAGAAAUCCCGGGAAUUGUAUUGACACGAAGAUUCUUAUUGCACUUGUAUUUUUUUUUUUUAUUAAAGUUUGCAUGGUUUCUAAUAAAGGAUUAAAAUGUAACAGUUUGUAGUGAAAUGGCCGGGGAGUCUCCGAGGGCGCCUCCUCCGGAAGAGCAUUUCCUGCAGUGCAGACUUGCCCCCGAGGAGGCCCGCAGACUCGGCCCCUUGCCCCCCCCCCUUCCUGGAGCCCAGAACGUAGGGGGUUCUUAGGUUCAGAUCGGACGUCCGUGUAGAGGGAGGGCAUCUGGGCCGGCAGGUUCUCCCACCUCUACGGUAGCGUUUCCCUCGGGGAGGUGGGACCCCACCUCUGCAGCUCCCCGAGCGCAGACUGCAGGGGUCUUCCCCACACCAAGGACUGCAGAAUGCUGUGUGCCAGGGACACCGGGGCACCCGUGUUUUGUCAGCAGGAGGAAGGGGCUGAAGGAAGCUGGGGAGGAAGCGGUAGACGGUGCAGGGCCUGAAGGUCCCGGUGCCCUCCUUGUGUUAGUCCUGGGGCCACACACGUGCUGAGGUGGACAACUGGUCCCAGGGUAGGGGUGGGAGAGGUGACCCUUGUGAACGGUCUGGGUGGGCUGGAGUGGUCCCAGCUCCCUUGAAGUGUCCCCCAAACCCGAGAAGCAGAGAAGGCGCCCUCACAGCGAGGGACCCCCUGCAGCCGUGUGGGGGUGCGUCUCUGUACCUCCAGUUUGCUUCUGGCUCAGCCACUGCCUGUGUCAAUCUGUGGUUCUGUUGUACCGAUUUCAAGAGUAAAUAAAGCUCGUGAUGUCCCAUCA